UUCUGAAUUAUUCCUACUGAAGCGGUUUUCCGAAAAUUAUGGUUAGUGAUGGAUGUUCUAAGAAAGCGACUGAAUGAAUUUAGAGAAGAAGAGGACGAUUUGAGAAGUAAAGUUUCAGACAUUGAAAAUCAAAUUAAGUGUGUGGUCGAUGCAACUCACAAGGCACGUAGUUCUUUUUGUCCAUAACGUGUUUUUAGGUUAAUUCAGAACAGUAUGAACUUGCUACUAAAGAAAUGUUACUUAAGCAGAAGUGUCAAAUGCAAAAUGACAGACUAAAGGAUGCUCUUAACAGGCUCUCUGAUCACAGAGAUAGUCACGAUCAUCAUUCUAGGAAAUUGGAAAACUUGAAUAACAAAAAUUAUAGCCAGGACUCAAGAAUAGAUGAAUUGGAGGCAGAGCUGAUGCGAUUGCGGAACGAGUGCCUAGAAGUCCAGGCUCGUGUUGACGAGACUGUAAUUCAUCUGAAACAUGUAGAAUUCGCCAAAGAAAAUGCUGAAAAACGAGCCAAUGCAACCGAGUCGAAAGUUCAAGACCUCGAAUCGCAAAGUACAUCCACAUUAGAGGCUUUGAGACGUGCUGAGCUAAAUGAUAUACAGUAUCUAUCAACAGAUGAUUUGGAAAUGAAGGAAAAAAGCUUACGGGAACAGUUGCAGAGGGUGAGAUACUGGGCAAUCGAUACAUAUGAGAAUUCCGAAAGAAACAUUCUUACACUCGAUCGACAAAUUAAAUCGCGUAAAGCUGAAUUAUUAAAACAACGAACUGAAAAUGAAAAACUAAAGAAAGAAAUGGAAUUAUUUUUCAAAGAGAUGCACGAUAUCUGAUGAUAGUAAUAACAAUAAUCUCUCUCGCUAUUCACAUAUAUUAAGAUUGUUAUUAGUUUAUAUUGUUUUUUCAUGUAGUCCCUAAACACUGACAUCCUAUGUGUUAGCUUUCUUGAAAAAAAAAAAAGCUGAUUGUCUAUGUCUGAAACACAGCAUUGAUCUAUUUUAAAAUCUGGUUCCUUGACGAUACAAUUGUCUGUCGGUAAGUUUACUUAAUGCUCAGUGUUUCUUUUCAACUUUCACAAAUCAAAAUGUAUUUUCUGGUAAUUUUCCACUUUAUCAAAGAAUACUACUUUACAUAAAACAAUCUUGUUCUCUAUGAGAGUCAUAAUAACAAUAACAACAGCAACCAUAACCUUUUUUACUUCAUUUCCACUCCUUAAGUGAUAUUCUUGUAGUUAUAAGUUAUUUUGUAAAACAUUCUUUCCAUAUUAUUAUGAUUAUCGUUAUUGACUUGUAAAAUUAUUUUUUUUUCUUUCAAAUAAACAAACUUAAUACCUUUUGUUGUAAGAUUCAACUGUUUGAGUUCAUUCCUAUCUCUGUAUCUAAUUGGUCAUAUUUGCCAAAUGUAAAAUAAGAAUUUUGCACCAACAGCAAUCUGUAGUCUUAAAUCCUAAAUUGAUAUAUAAUUUAAUUUUACAUUGUUAAAUGACCUAUAUUCGUUAUGUCUUUCAAGAAGGUAAACUGAAUAACGAGAAAGCCGGUCUUAAAUGCAUAUGUUUGUUGUUUUGUUUGAACUGAAAAAAAACCGCAAAGCGAUA